UACCGAAGCCAAUGCCCUGGCCAAGUGAAACGCAACCGGCCUCCCGCUGUAUCUGUGAAAUUCUUAGACCGUUCAACUGAAAUCUCAGAAUCACGCCACCGGCCUUCUCUUUUCUAUUCUCUUCUCUCUCUCACAUCCGCCAUCGGAAUCAUCAAGCCCUAACCGGUCUCCGAUCUCGCCUACGAUUCCAUCUUUUCAUUUUCAGAUCCAUUUCUGAUUUGAUGGUUUCUGCACCACUACUUGCUUAGAUCCAGCAGGGGUUCAAGAGAUUGUCUCCUUCUCAUAGCAAUGGCAUCAUCAUCAAUAUUGAGGAGGAGAUACUUGGCUGCUUUUUCAUAUUUCAUCCUCAUUUCACAUGCAUGCCAUGGGUUUUAUUUGCCAGGAACCUACAUGCAUACAUAUUCGCCUGGUGAACCAAUUAUUGUCAAAGUGAACUCGUUGACCUCGAUUGAGACUGAGCUUCCAUUCAGCUACUAUGAUCUUCCUUAUUGUAAACCUCAAGGUGGCAUUAAAAAAAGUGCUGAGAAUCUUGGAGAGUUGCUGAUGGGGGAUCAAAUUGACAACUCUCCCUACCGUUUCCGUAUGAAUGUCAAUGAAACACUAUUCCUCUGCACUAGAGGUCCACUAAAUGAUCACGAGGUAAAGCUCUUGAAACAAAGGACCCGUGACCUUUAUCAGGUGAAUAUGAUUUUGGAUAACUUGCCUGCUCUGAGGUAUGCUACCCAAAAUGGGGUGAAGUUUCAAUGGACAGGGUUUCCUGUUGGGUUCACGUCACAAAAUAAUAAUCAAGAUUACAUAAUUAACCACCUUAAAUUCAAGGUUUUGAUUCAUGAGUAUGAGGGGGCUGGCGUGGAGAUAAUUGGUACUGGAGAAGAAGGUAUGGGUGUUAUUACAAAGACUGAUAAGAAGGCUUCUGGGUAUGAAAUUGUUGGUUUCGAGGUGAUCCCGUGUAGUGUUAAGUAUGAUGCUGAUGAUAUGGCAAAACUCCAUAUGUAUGACAAUGCUAGUUCUUUAAAUUGUCCAUUCGAUCUUGAAAAGUCUCAGAUUAUUAGGGAGCAGGAGAAAAUAUCAUUCACUUAUGAGGUUGAAUUUGUGAAAAGCAACACUAGAUGGCCAUCUCGAUGGGAUGCUUAUCUGAAGAUGGAAGGAUCUCGGGUUCACUGGUUCUCAAUUCUUAAUUCAUUGAUGGUGAUUGUCUUCUUAGCUGGCAUUGUUUUUGUAAUCUUUUUGAGAACGGUCAGAAGAGAUUUAACCAGGUAUGAGGAAUUGGACAAAGAAGCUCAGGCGCAGAUGAAUGAGGAGCUUUCAGGCUGGAAGCUUGUGGUAGGUGAUGUCUUCAGAGAACCAAAUCACUCAAAGCUACUUUGUGUUAUGAUUGCAGAUGGAGUUCAGAUUACUGGAAUGGGAGUAGUAACUAUUGUUUUUGCGGCCCUUGGUUUCAUGUCACCAGCUUCUCGGGGUAUGCUGCUAACUGGGAUGAUAUUGCUUUAUCUAUUCUUGGGAAUUGCAGCUGGUUAUGUUGGUGUUCGAAUGUGGAGGACUAUAAAAGGGACUUCAGAAGGGUGGAGAUCCGUCUCUUGGGCAACUGCAUGCUUCUUUCCAGGGAUUGCUUUUGUUAUUCUCACAGUGCUAAAUUUCAUUCUCUGGGGAAGCAACAGCACUGGUGCAAUUCCUAUUUCAUUGUAUUUUGAACUCUUAGCCCUCUGGUUCUGCGUUUCUGUGCCUCUGACACUAUUGGGAGGGUUCCUUGGCACAAGAUCUGAGCCUAUCCAGUUCCCUGUGCGGACUAACCAGAUUCCUAGGGAGAUCCCAGCACGCAAAUAUCCAUCAUGGCUUCUUGUUCUUGGGGCUGGAACUCUUCCUUUUGGAACCCUCUUUAUUGAGCUUUUCUUUAUCCUCUCUAGUAUCUGGUUUGGACGGUUCUAUUAUGUCUUUGGAUUUCUGCUCAUUGUCCUCCUCCUGUUGGUGAUCGUUUGUGCGGAAGUUUCUGUUGUCCUCACUUACAUGCAUCUUUGUGUUGAGGACUGGAUGUGGUGGUGGAAAGCAUUCUAUGCCUCAGGCUCUGUUGCCCUCUACGUGUUCUUAUACUCCGUCAAUUACCUUGUGUUCGAUCUCCAGAGUCUUAGCGGCCCAGUCUCUGCCCUACUUUAUAUUGGCUACUCUUUGUUAAUGGCAGUUGCAAUCAUGCUUGCUACUGGCUCUAUCGGUUUCCUGACAUCAUUCUACUUUGUCCAUUACCUCUUCUCGUCAGUGAAGAUUGACUGAGUAAUUAGAUAGCAAUUGUUAUUGGGUAGUCGUUAAGGAGCUUUGCUCAUGCAUAGUUGAAGUUUUCUUGUUCCCCCCGCAUUUCAUUUACACACAGACAGAUGCUCCGAAUCUCAGGUUGCUAUGAAUUUGUUUUAUUGGUCUUUAUGUUUUUUGCAGCUAUAGAUUUAUGUAUUAUCAAACUUGUGAUUUAGUUGUUUUGUCUUUGUUGUGUAAUACAUUUUUCAUUUUGUUUCUGCA